AUGAUUAACCAGAAGCAGGAAGCACAAGACCCUAACAUGGUUCCUAGUGAAGCUGCUAGUAAGAAGACCAGUGUUGAAGCCUUCAAAUAUGACUGGGACCGCGCAGUGGCCAUGGUGGCUGCUCACUCCAAUGAGAUUGUCCAUGCUCCGUUUGAAUACCUCGACAGCCUGCCGAAUCCGAAGACUCUCGUUCCACUAGUCGAUGGUCUCCACGCUUGGUUUCGCAUUCCUGAAGACCAACUCGUUAAGAUCCGAAAGAUUGUGCACGAGGUGGACCAGACAACUCUGCUUAUCGAUCAUGUUUUAGACAACGACACAGAGCGACGCGGUUCUCCUGCCACCCAUCUCGUCUUCGGAGUCGGUCACACCAUCAGUACCGCGCUGGUUACGUAUGGGAAGAUUUAUGAAUUGGCUUCAACUUUGAGCGAUGUUGCCUCCCGCUCCCUACUCGAUGAGAUCAAGAUCUUGUACUCGGGCCACACGCACGAGUUCUUCCAAACAUACAACUGCGCCCCACCACCCAUUCCAGUACAUCUUAAGGUCCUCGAGCAGAAGACUGGCAGCCUUUUCAGAAUGACAUCCAGGAUGAUGCAGGCGGAAGCAACCAAGAACCAAGACAUCAACAUCAACAACGUUAUCACCGUUCUUGGCCGCUAUUAUCAGAUCCUCAAUGACUUUCAGGACAUUACAGACACGGCCCUGGGCAAGAUCUCGUUGUCCGACAAGGAUGACCUUGACCAAGGCACCUUCACGCUGACCUUGAUUCAUGCACUCAACGAGCAGAAGAAAGCCGGCAAAACCGAGCUGAUUGAUAUCAUGAAGUCCCGGAGCGACCGGGGCUUGCCCUAG